AUGGCGGACGACACAGGCAGCAGCUUCUACCCGCCAGACGAGGUCGCUGGUGGGCUGCCCAUUAACCUGGACUCGCUGCGCGACGGGCCACCAGGCACGAAGCCGUUCUACCCGUAUUCAACCCUUAUUCGCUACGCAAUCAAGGGCUCGCCAAAUCAACGGCUGCUACUGGAAGAUAUCUAUUACGCCAUUGAGUCGCGCUUUCCGUAUUUUAGGACAGCACCUAAUGGGUGGAAAAACUCUGUCCGACACAACCUGUCGCUCAACCCAUGUUUCCAAAAAGAGGCGCGGCCGCUGACUGACCGUGGGAAAGGGUCAUACUGGAUCGUAAACGACGAAGUGGACCCACGGACCGGCGUCCAUCGAGUGCGCAAGAAGAAGGGCAAAGCAUCAGCGCCCCCGCCAGAGUAUGUCCAGCCCGUCGCCAGCGGCAGUGCCGGCCCGCUACCCGAAGAAGAGGUCAAUCCCGAGCAGUACCCGCCCUUUACCGGCUUCGUCUCCCCAAUGGCCGCUGCGAUGAUGAGCUUUGGCAUUCCGCCACCGCUGUCGCUGAUGACCCCGGAAGACCGUGUAGACGCAACGGAGAAUGGCGAUGUUGACUGGCGCGCGCUAUGGCUCAAGGAGAUUGAACACCUCCAAGAGAUAACUGCCCAGCAAGACAAGCUUGGCGCACAACAGCAGUGGUACCAGAUGAUGUUGUUUAGGGUUCGCAGCGUGUUACUGGCGCCACUUGCACCACCAGAAGGUGAACUAUAUAUGCAGCCACCACCUGAAGAAGAGGAAGGAGAGCCACAGGGGGAGCCAGUUAUUGAGGAGCAGUAG